CGCCGCCGUCGCGCCGCGCGUUUGACAUUUCACUACAUUUUGGCGGCAACACCGCACGCCAUUUUGAAAUUAUUCGCUUUAGUUUACGCGCGGACAAAUGAAACUUCAAAAAACUUUUGUCGUGAAAUCUUGUGCGUGAGUUAAAAGUAUUUGAUCAUACUAAGAACUUAUGUUUAAUUAAUUUAUUAAAAUUAAAGUGUAUGUGAAAGGAUUGUUGACAGUGGAAUAUUAAAUUUUACUCAGUACAAAUUUAUAAAACUGGAUAUAAGGGCAAUUCAGAUGGCCACUUAAAUAUGUACUCGUACCACAGAGAGAGAAGAAAGAUGUACUGGCAUUUCACCUUUAUUACCAUCCUAAUCCUAGACUAUACUACUACAGCCUUCUCCAAAUACAUAGACAGUACAGAGAUAGUUUAUAGCACCACCGGCAACGAUGGAGAUUUUGAUAACAACAUCAUCGACUUUGAUUCUGCAUACAACGACAAAUAUAGCAAACAGUUUGGACUUAAACAGUUAAAUGAAAAUAACAAAGACUCUCAUAGGUAUACUGUUAUCAAUGAAAACAUAGAAGAAAAGAAGAUAUCCAAAUUUAUAGAAGAUAAAAUAGAAUACAACAAAACUACAGUUGACGAUGAAAGUGAGAAAACAACAGAAUCCAACUUCAUGCCAAUUGAGGUAAUGAGUACAACAGAAGAUGCUUUAUUGAAGAUAGUUGAUAGCACUUCAGAGGGUGAUUUAACUGUUAUUCCGCUGUCAAUUACAGAGAAAUCAACUCCAGGUAUAGAUGUUACUACAUUCUCACUCCCCUCAUCCACACAAAGUCUCUAUUUGAGCACAUUUGAAAACUUUGACGCCGCAGAUACUGAAAGCCCUACCACCAUAACUGCAGAAUUCGAGACCACGACCACUACAGAGUCUGUCACAAAUAUAACAACUACCAAACAAGACCUAGAAAACAUGAACGAAACAACAACAGUAAAAUCAUCUGUAAAUAUAACAGAAAGAUCAUUACAAUCCAAUUUUGAUAUUAUAAACAGUACAACAAAUUAUGAAUUCUUAAACAGCACAUCCAAAAAUUCGGUAUCAAUAACAACUGAUUCCAUAAAUAUAAAACUAGAAGACAAAAAUACAACAUUCAAAGAAGAUCUGAAACACAAGAACAAUACACGUAAAGCCAAAGUAAUGACGAUCGACAACAACAAUACAACAAAAACAAAUGAAACGGCAGAUCGUAACAGUGACGACGAAGUUCCAAUAUUUACAGAGUUGGACCUGGAAGACGAAGAAGAAGUGCCUGAAGAUUACUAUGACGCUAAGGACGUGGUGCCAACCAAGCCGCCCAGCGUGGAUGCAUUAUCACUGAUCUUCGGCCUGGCUGGCAGCAUGGUCGAGAGCGUAGCCGAGAGAGUGGUUCCAAAGACCAUCUUUGAUCUUUACAAACGUAUGCAGAAACAAAGUGAGGCUUUAGAAGCUGAAAGACUGAGGAGUAAGGAGGAGAAUGGCGGACUCGGCCAGUUCGGUCGCGGCCUCCUCAAGUCCAUCUCGACGGGGCUGAGCGCUCCGUUCACUCAGCUCAUGGCCGGCGCGCGGGACCACGGCUCGCUGGACAGCGACCGCGGGUUCGUGGCCGGCCUGGCCACGGGAGUCAGCAGCGUGGCCAGCAGUGUGGUCGACACGUUCAAGACGCGAGUUCAGGCUAUUUAUCCAGGCACGCUGUGGUGCGGCGACGGGCACUCUGCGCAGGCGCGCUCCAGCGACCUGGGCCUGUUCUUCUUCACGGACACGUGCUGCCGCCAGCACGACGCCUGCCGCCUCUACAUCCGCGCCGGCGAGACCCGGCACGGGCUGACGAAUACCGGGCUGUUCACACGCUCGCACUGCAGCUGCGACGCGCGCUUCCGCGAGUGCCUGCAGAAGACCAACUCGUUAGUCUCCGGGCAGAUCGGACUCACCUACUUCAACGUGCUGGGCCCACAGUGCUUCCGACGCGCGCAUCCGAUAGUACGAUGUGUGAGGCGGACCAGGAUAACCGGCCAGAGAUGCGAGGAGUAUGAGCUGGACUACACCAAGCCCAAGAUGUGGCAGUGGUUCGACAACGAGACCUACUGAGCGUCAUGUUACCGUCACUAGCAGGAACCGGCCUGUCUGCAAAAUGUCUAGGGGUCAAUUUUGUGACCCUGUCAGUCAACAUUUCUUUCGUUACCAAAAAACCAACGUCCAUAAUUUUAAGAACUGAUUUUAGAGUAGGUUUUUUUAAUUGUUUAUUCUUGAGAUUAGAGUUAUUGCGUUUAGAUGUUAGUUAGUACAAUAAGAUUUAGUUAUAAGUUUCUAACUUGCCAUAAGAUUAAAUUUAAAAUAUGAAAUAUUAAGAAUGAAUAGUGUAUUUUUAUUAUUUAACGCGAAGCGGUUGCUUGUUUUGACAAAUUGAAGUCAUUUUAUAGGUACACAUGUGUCCAAAGUGUAAUAUAUUAGUACAAAUAUCGACAGUCUUCGUACAUCAAAGUAAUUUCUUUGGCGGUGAAAAUAAAACAGCAUGUGUAUUUUAUAAGAAUCAUCAGAAUAUAAUUCAAAAUGUUACAUAUUUGACAACAGAUAAAUUGUUAUACACUUUAUUUUUCUAAAUACACAAACCAAGUGUCUAGGGGAAAAUAAAAUAAAGCUCAAAAUAUUGAGCACGUCUACUGAACUACUGCGUCAAUGAUAUCUCUUGUUGUGCGCAAAAUUUAUCUGAAAACUGUGUAUAUUUAGAUAUGUAAUAAGUAUAAGUAGUCAAGUACCACAAUGAUAAUAAUAAAACGUGAUUAACAGUCAAUUGGCAGAUAUAAUUAUACAAUGUAUUUGAUUAGGUAUUUUCAAUAGGUACUUUGUUAUAAGUGGAGACAAAGACAUAGAUACUUACAGUGAAACGCAAAUACAUGUAACUUACAACUCAAUACGGUGUAUAUAUUAAUAAGAACAUCGAAGUAAUUGUUAACUAGAAUAUAAUAAAAUACACCUAAAGGCCCUGACAACCAAAA